AUGCCGGUGCGGAGGGGCCAUGUCGCGCCGCAGAACACCUUCCUGGACACCAUCAUCCGCAAGUUUGAGGGCCAGAGCCGCAAGUUCAUCAUCGCCAACGCUCGGGUGGAGAACUGCGCCGUCAUCUACUGCAACGACGGCUUCUGCGAGCUGUGCGGCUACUCGCGAGCCGAGGUGAUGCAGCGGCCCUGCACCUGCGACUUCCUGCACGGGCCGCGCACGCAGCGCCGCGCGGCCGCGCAGAUCGCGCAAGCCCUGCUGGGCGCGGAGGAGCGCAAAGUGGAGAUCGCCUUCUACCGGAAGGAUGGGAGCUGCUUCCUGUGCCUGGUGGACGUGGUGCCCGUGAAGAAUGAAGAUGGAGCUGUCAUCAUGUUCAUCCUCAACUUCGAGGUGGUGAUGGAAAAGGACCUGGUGGGGUCCCCGGCCCAUGACACCAAUCACCGUGGACCCCCCACCAGCUGGUUGGCCCCGGGCCGAGCCAAGACCUUCCGUCUGAAGCUGCCUGCGCUGCUGGCCUUAACGGCCAGAGAGUCGGCAGUGCGGCCGUCGGUGCGGCCCGGCGGUGGGGGCGGCACGGGCGCCCCGGGGGCCGUGGUGGUGGAUGUGGACCUGACGCCCGCGGCGCCCAGCCGCGAGUCACUGGCCCUGGAUGAGGUGACGGCCAUGGACAACCAUGUGGGGCCCGCGGAGGAGCGGCGCGCGCUGGUGGGCCCCGGCUCACCCUCCGCCUGCGCGCCGGACACGCACCCCUCACCCCGGGCGCACAGCCUCAACCCCGACGCCUCGGGCUCCAGCUGCAGCCUGGCCCGGACGCGCUCGCGGGAGAGCUGCGCCAGCGUGCGCCGCGCCUCCUCGGCCGACGACAUCGAGGCCAUGCGCGCCGGGCUGCCCCCGCCGCCGCGCCACGCCAGCACCGGGGCCAUGCACCCUCUGCGCAGCGGCCUGCUUAACUCCACGUCAGAUUCUGACCUCGUGCGCUACCGUACCAUUAGCAAGAUUCCCCAAAUCACCCUCAACUUUGUGGACCUCAAGGGGGACCCUUUCCUGGCUUCGCCCACCAGUGACCGGGAGAUUAUAGCACCGAAGAUAAAGGAGAGGACCCACAAUGUCACCGAGAAGGUCACCCAGGUCCUGUCCCUGGGGGCUGACGUGCUUCCAGAGUAUAAGCUGCAGGCGCCGCGGAUCCACCGCUGGACCAUCCUGCACUACAGCCCCUUCAAGGCCGUGUGGGACUGGCUCAUCCUGCUGCUGGUCAUCUACACGGCUGUCUUCACACCCUACUCAGCCGCCUUCCUGCUGAAGGAGACGGAAGAAGGCUCCACGGCCCCGGACUGUGGCUAUGCCUGCCAGCCGCUGGCCGUGGUGGACUUCAUCGUGGACAUCAUGUUCAUCGUGGACAUCCUCAUCAACUUCCGCACCACUUAUGUCAAUGCCAAUGAGGAGGUGGUCAGCCAUCCCGGCCGCAUUGCCGUCCACUACUUCAAAGGCUGGUUCCUCAUCGACAUGGUGGCCGCCAUCCCCUUCGACUUGCUCAUCUUUGGCUCUGGCUCGGAGGAGCUGAUUGGGCUGCUGAAGACGGCGCGGCUGCUGCGGCUGGUGCGUGUGGCGAGGAAGCUGGACCGCUACUCUGAGUACGGGGCAGCCGUGCUUUUCCUGCUCAUGUGCACUUUCGCGCUCAUUGCGCACUGGCUGGCCUGCAUCUGGUACGCCAUCGGCAACAUGGAGCAGCCACACAUGGACUCCCGCAUCGGCUGGCUGCACAACCUGGGUGACCAGAUCGGCAAGCCCUACAAUAGCAGCGGCCUGGGGGGCCCUUCCAUCAAGGACAAGUAUGUCACGGCCCUCUACUUCACCUUCAGCAGCCUCACCAGCGUGGGCUUUGGCAAUGUCUCCCCCAACACCAAUUCGGAGAAGAUCUUCUCCAUCUGUGUCAUGCUCAUUGGCUCCCUCAUGUACGCCAGCAUCUUCGGCAAUGUGUCAGCCAUCAUCCAGCGGCUGUACUCUGGCACUGCCCGCUACCACACGCAGAUGCUCCGGGUGCGGGAGUUCAUCCGUUUCCACCAAAUCCCCAACCCCCUCCGCCAGCGCCUCGAGGAGUAUUUCCAGCACGCCUGGUCCUACACCAACGGCAUCGACAUGAACGCGGUGCUGAAAGGCUUCCCCGAGUGCCUGCAGGCAGACAUCUGUCUGCACCUGAACCGCUCGCUUCUGCAGCACUGCAAGCCUUUCCGAGGGGCCACCAAGGGCUGCCUGAGGGCCCUGGCCAUGAAGUUCAAGACGACACAUGCACCGCCAGGGGACACGCUGGUGCAUGCGGGGGACCUGCUCACCGCCCUCUACUUCAUCUCCCGGGGCUCCAUUGAGAUCCUGCGGGGAGACGUUGUCGUGGCCAUCCUGGGGAAGAACGACAUCUUUGGAGAGCCUUUGAACCUGUAUGCCCGGCCUGGCAAGUCCAAUGGGGAUGUGCGGGCCCUCACCUACUGCGACCUGCACAAAAUCCACCGGGACGACCUGCUGGAGGUGCUGGACAUGUACCCCGAGUUCUCUGACCACUUCUGGUCCAGCCUGGAGAUCACCUUCAACCUGCGGGACACCAACAUGAUCCCGGGGUCUCCGGGCGGCAGCGCGGAGCUAGAGGGCGGCUUCAACAGGCAACGCAAGCGCAAGCUGUCCUUCCGCCGGCGCACCGACAAGGACCCAGAACAGCCAGGGGAGGUGUCGGCCUUGGGGCCGGGCCGGGCGGGGGCAGGGCCGAGUAGCCGGGGCCGGCCAGGGGGACCGUGGGGGGAGAGCCCGUCCAGCGGCCCCUCCAGCCCUGAGAGCAGUGAGGAUGAGGGCCCAGGCCGCAGGUCCAGCCCCCUCCGCCUGGUGCCCUUCUCCAGCCCCAGGCCCCCCGGAGAGCCGCCGGGUGGGGAGCCGCUGACGGAGGAUGGGGAGAAGAGCAGUGACACUUGUAACCCGCUGUCAGGCGCCUUCUCAGGAGUGUCCAACAUCUUCAGCUUCUGGGGGGACAGUCGGGGCCGCCAGUACCAGGAGCUGCCUCGCUGCCCCGCCCCCACCCCCAGCCUCCUGAACAUGCCUCUCUCCAGCCCCAGCCGGAGGCCGCGGGGCGACGUGGAGAGCAGGCUGGAUGCCCUUCAGAGGCAGCUCAACAGGUUUCCCAGUUCAUGGCGUUGGAGGAGCUCCCCCCGGGGACCCCAGAGCUCCCCCAAGACGGCCCCACUCGACGCCUCUCCCUGCCGGGCCAGCUGGGGGCCCUCACCUCCCAGCCCCUGCACAGACAUGGCUCAGACCCAGGCAGUUAGUGGGGCUGCCCAGUGUGGACACGUGGCUCACCCAGGGUUCAGCGCACUGCCUGGGCCCCCCCCCUCAGAGGCCCUGCCCGGGAGGCCCUGGCCGAGAAAGGGGAGAGGAACAUGAAGGCACAGCCCCCUCCCCCAGCCCUUGGGACCAUCUCCUCCUGCAGUCCCCUGGGCCCCCAUGGCGGGGGCAGGGGCAGGGACAGGGCCGGGCAGUGGACGGGGGUCUGUGGUCUCCUCACUGCCCAGGGGGCAUUAGCUGGUCUAACUGCCCGGAGGCACCCGGCCCUGGGCCUUAGGCACCUCAAGGACUUUUCUGCUAUUUACUGCUCUUAUUGUUAAGGAUAAUAAUUAAGGAUCAUAUGAAUAAUUAAUGAAGAUGCUGAUGACUAUGAAUAAUAAAUAAUUAUCCUGA